AUGUGACUUAACAGGAAGUCAAUAUAUUUGGUUCACGUUGUAGCCCAUGCAUGCUUUCACGUUGGCAAGUGAACGCACAUCUAGUGGAGAAGUAUUUCCCCCUUUAUAAAAAGUGACAUAAAUUCACAGAUUUGAUCUAACAACAAUGGGCGGACAAGCAAAAUCUAAAAAGAAAAACAAAGCUAAGAGAAAAGACACUAAACCAACUGGAGGUGCCUUGAUGUCACCACAGGAGAGAAUGAAAGCCAAGAUGCAGGAAAGAGCCAAAAAGAAAACAGCUGGAAAAUACACAACUGAUCAACUAAUUGAAAAGACUGAAGAGUGUAUAGACAACUUUGACUUUGACAUGGCCAGGCUGUACUGUCAGCGAGCGCUGGAUAUUGAACCCACUAACCUGACCCUCCUGGACAUGAUGGGGAACAUCUGCACUGAGCUGGGAGAUAUAGAGAAAGCUAAACAGGUGUAUCUGAAGGCUGUGGAGCUCAGUCCAGAGGAGGGCCACAGUAAGUACAUGUACCUGGGGCAGAUUCACACAGGCAUAGAGGCUGUACAAUACUUCAGUAAAGGAACUGAGGUCAUGCUCAACGUCAUGGACAAACACACCAAUGAGGCUAGUGCAUUUGGAGCGGCUGCAUUGCCAUCUGUCUGUGCCGUCUCAAAGAAGGACAUGUCUGUGGCCUUCUGUUCCAUCGCUGAGAUCUUCUUCACAGAUCUCUGCAUGGAGGAGGGCGCUGCUGACUGUUGCAAAGAGGCCAUCGACAAAGCUUUACAGUACGACGAGCACAACCCUGAAGCUCUGCAGCUGAUGGCCAGCUACCUGUUCAGCAUCGAGAAAACUGAGAGCAACAUCCCGCCUUAUGAAUCCAGAAUAACAACAGCCAAACUGCUGAUCGAGGCCGAAGAAUGUGAGAGUUCUCCCGAGUUCCUCUCCAGUCCUCAGCCCAGAAACAGCUUCACUCUCAGGCCCACCGGCCGCUCCACUCUCAAGCCCGCCGGCUGCUCCACUGUCAAGCCCUGUGAUGCCAGCUCCAAUCUCCUUAACCUCAAACCAAAAGAGAAGCAUGAGGAAGAGACUGUUUUCAACCCGGAUCCGCUCUCUUGA